CAAAUCCGGCACUAUUGUCAUCAUGUCAGCCGUCGACAAGAAAGACAUCACUGAGAAGGAGACUCAAGUGCUUGCCAUGGCUUGGAAGUGCUUUAAGGCACCCCCCGAGGUUGAUUAUGACAAGCUUGCCAAGCUUACAGGCUACGCCAACCCUAAAAGCGUGCAGAAUGUCAUUUACGCCGUGAAGAAGAAAAUUGAGGGUGGCAACGAGGGUCCGGCCACGCCUACCAAGCCUGCCCCCAAGGCCAAGGCUACUCCUGCCUCACGCAAGCGCAAGGUUGCUCGCAACGAUGAGGAGGAUGGUGAUGAUCCCAUCACCUCGACUCCGAGAAAGCGCGCUCGUGGCAAGAAGCUAGCUCUCUCCAAAGAGACCGUCAAUGAUGAUGAUGAUGAUGACUCUGAGUCUGGAAAGAAGGGUAUCACACAGGAGGAUGACAUCGAUACCAAGGAUGAUAUUGGCGAGGGAAUCGUAGACUAA